AUGACAACUUUACACAAGUUAAACAGUGAAGUUGAUAUUAAUAUUCCACUUAAUUUGGAAAAUAUUUCUGAGGUACGCGAGCUGGACAUGUUUGAUUCUAAGUUAACAGUUUGGGAGGACUAUAUUGUAGGAAUACAGCUGCUGUUGACGGGAACACAGCUGCUGUUGGCGGAUAAGUUGGGAAUCCUAUGUUGUAGGAAUACAGCUACUGUUGACGGCCUUGUUCCGGCGGAUUACUUCAUUGUAAACCUUGCCGUCAGUGACUUAAUCCUAUCUGUUGUGGGGCUUCCUUUUGGAAUUUCAUCCUCAUUUUUUCAUCGAUGGAAGUUUGGUGCAGGCGGAUGUAGUGCCUAUGGGUGUCUUGGAUUUUUCUGUGGAGUGGUCAGCAUAUCUACAUUAGCUUUGAUGAGUUUCUCAAGAUAUAUCCAUGUGUGUAAAUCCAGCAAAUCUUCUUCUCUCUCAAAAUAUACAAAUUUCUUCAUCAUCGGAAGUUACGUGUACGCAUGCCUAUGGGCUUCACUUCCGCUGUUAGGAUGGGGUCUAUCCGGAGUGGAGCCAUAUGGAACUUCCUGUACACUAAAGUGGACAGCCAACAAAGGUUUUGUGACCUUGAUGCUGAUUUUAUGCAUUGUGUUCCCAGUCAUUGUAAUGAAAUUUUGUUAUGGAGGGGUGUACCUUUAUCUCCGUAGACAUUGCAAAGCAUUUCGAACAGUACGGAGUAAAACGGGAGACAACAUUCGGAAAAGGGAGGAAUAUCUUAUCAAGAUGGCUUUUAUGAUGUGCUGUGCUUUCAUGGUGACGUGGACGCCGUAUGCCGUUGUCAGCUUUUGGGCGGCCUAUGGCGAAGCCAAGAACAUCCCCCUGAGAUUAACACUAGCUUCAGUUCUCGUAGCCAAGACCUCCACAAUAUGGAACCCAUUAAUAUACUUCAUACUGAACAAAAAAUUCAAGCCUCACAUUCGACUUUUUCUUCGAACAUUUUUCAGGUACGAUAACAAUGCUCAACAAAGACGACAGAGAAGCCUUUGGCAUUUUUGUCAUAGUCGAUCUUCUACCAUGUCAUCCUCUAUCUAAAAUGGAUUUUGGAAUCACGCAUAGCGUGUGGAAGAUGGAAGCCAUUUCCCAAUUACUUUUGGGCUUGAGGAUUAUUUCAUGAGAAAAUUGGUCAAAGGAUUUUGUGAUUUAAUGCUUCCCGUGAAGGAUAGUUGUAUGGAUGCCAAAGCUACACACUACUUCAUUCAAUUAAUUUAUAUUAUUAGCAUUGUUUGUUGUCUAUUUUAGUUGUCCUGUGAUUUUUUUUUAUCAAACCAUGAAAAUGUGU